UCCGUAGCUUGAUGGCUGAUCAAUUGGCCGGGCACUGCAUCGCCUUUACCAUCUUCAUCAGUUUAUUACCGAGCGGAACUUGAUUGCAUGUUUAAUUCCAAUCAAUUAAUAUUCUCACGCUGACGGAGUACAGAUUGAAAUUCGCAGCUAUGGACGAGACAACAAUCACACCGAAUAGCGACGCCCCACACAAGCAGCUGUGGUGUCUGUCGCUGAAUGAAUCUGCCGACGAGACCAUUGUCAUGCUGCAUGGACUGGGCACAUCGCAUAGGGAAUGGAUGCUCGUCUGGCCAUUUCUCACAUCGUACCAUGUGCUCGCCGUCGACAUGUGCGGGCAUUCCGCAUCAUCUCACAUCAGACCGGCGACAAUCCCAGACCAAGCUGAGCACGUUGCUGUUCUGAUCAAGGCAAAGGCCCAUGGAGGCACUGCGCAUGUUGUUGGACUGUCGAUGGGCGGGUUUGUGACGGUCGAACUCGCUCGCACGCAUCCACACGUCGUACGUUCAGCCUUCGCCACGGGUGCUGCGCCCUUCUCGGGAUUUCGAAUGUGGGCCGCAAAACACCCGCAGGUGCUGGGAGCGAUGAACACGAUUAUGCAUACGGGGUUACUCCAGAGGCUGGGUGCGUGGCUGGACGAGAUGGCAUGGUCAGCUCAAGGCUUGACCGUCCCAGAGGAAUUGAGGCGAGAUAUGACAGCAAACCACUCAUCUGAGGUGACGGUCGAGGUAUUUACCAGCCUGGGUCAUGUGCAAAUUGACGGGAUGGAGAAAGUGGCCGUACGAACGUUGGUGGUGGCCGGUGGACGAAUGGAUGAUGUUGGGGCAACACAACUACAGGGCGCCGCGCUCCGGGCUGGAUGUUCGGAGAGCAAAGCCGUGGUCGUAAAGAAGGCCUUUCAUCCCUGGAAUCUGCAGCUCCCAGAGCUCUUUGCACAGGGGAUACUGGCCUGGGUCGCGCAACGUGAGCUCCCCAACGAGUUCGAGAGCCUUGGCUGACCCGCGCUGUUGGGCUUGCAUCGAUCCUCUAAAAUAGAUCUGCAGACCUGAAACCGGAAGUAGAACUAAUUGGGUUGGGUUCUGUACGGGGAUUUAAUACGAAAUGAGAUGUUGUACUACAUGUGGGCAGUGUUUUG